AUGGAAUUAAAUCUCACUGACACUUUUAAAACCAAAGAAGAUCUUAUACAGCACAUAACUGACUAUGCAUCAGAAACGCAUUUUAAAUUUAAUAUUACAGAGACACCUCGUACACUCUCUUUUGUAUGUAAAGGGAAACAAGAAUUCAAUUGUGAUGCUUCUAUAGUCACUUGCUUUAAAAAGAAAGAUAACUGUUUUUCUAUAAAAAGAAUGAAUUUAAAACACAAAUGUCCGAUAGCGAAUAACGAAUUCGCAAAUACAGACGAAUUUCUUAGAAAUGAAAUAUUUAAUAAUAUAACGGAUUAUUCUUCUAUUAGAGUAGGAGAGAUUGUUUCUAUUUUGUACCACAGAGGGAUACGUGUAGGAUAUUCUUCUGUGUAUAAUUUACUAAAAAGUAAAAAUACGGAGGAUAUUAAAUUAUCUUUUUACAGGAAGUUAUCUUCUGAUAAUAAAUCUAAUGAUAUGACUAAUUCAAUAACAGAAGAAUUUUGUACAGAAUUAUCAAAUAUUAACUUUGAUAAAUUAGAUGUAUGUUAUUGUAGUAAUAUGUUAUUCUACAAAAUUAAGAAUUACAUAGACAUUUUAUAUCCUUUAGUAGAAAUAAAAUAUCAUAAAAGAAAAGAAGGUAUAGUAAUAUUUGGUGUUUUAUAUGACCCGAUUGAUGAACCAGUAAUUUAUUCUUGUGUAGUAUCAGAUAAUAACAGUGAUGAAGAAGCUAUAAAAUACUUUUUAUAUAACACUAAUCAUUCAGAUUAUAUUAUUGAAUAUGAUCCAUUGCUUAUAAAAAUAUUAGAAGAUUUAAAAAUUAACUAUUUUGUAAAAACAAGGGAUAUUUGUAAAUAUUUAUAUUCUAAUAUAAAUAAUAAAGGGGAUAUAGAAACAUACUGGAAUAUUUGUAAUGGAAUAAAUUGUAAAAAUACUAAUGAUAAUUUAGAAGAUAAAGAAAAUAACAAUAAUUUACAAAUAAAACAAAAACCUAUUACAUCGCAAUUUAUGUCACAAAUGUUACAUCUUGAUGAAAUAAGAUUUAUAAAAUCUAAAUCUAAUAUAAAAUUACUAAACAUAAAUAAUUUACCUGAAUGUGAUGUAGAUUACAUAAAUUACGGCGUGUUUUCUCUUUCGUUUUACGAGUGUAUUAAUGCAAUAAUCAAAUUAAGUAACGAUAAUUUAAAAUUAAAAAAAAAGUUUGUAAGACAUGACCCGAAAAGUUUAUUUGGUUACAAUGUAGUAAGUAGAAUUGAAAGAAAUGAGAGUAGUAUUCUUAAGGAAGAAUGUAAAGUAGAUCUAGAAAAUGGUAUUUGUGAAUGUGGAAUGUACCAAGAUCUUCUUAUUCCCUGUGUACAUGCUUGUAAAUGUAUUAGGGAAGAAAGGCUUGACCCCUUUUUAUAUGUUAGUAGUGUAUAUUCUAAAGAACAAUAUAAUAAAUUAGAUGAAAUAUUACCGGUAAUGAAUAUUAAUAUUAAAAUGUCAUCUGAUAAAUUUAUUUUGAAGAAAGGGCCUGGAAGACCAAAAAAAAAUAAUGGUAAAGAAAUGGAAAUAAUAGUUGAAUAA